AUGGAGGAUCCUCAGAUGAGCUGGCACGAUCCUACCGACGUCCUUCAGGGCAUCAUGGUCGGUCCUGAUGCAUCUCAGCCCUCAGAUCUCUCGGAUUUCAAUCCCUCGGCCUUGGCUCUGGGUGACUCGGCCUCAAAUCCUCUGCUUGAGUUACACCUCGCCUCACUCGAAGCCCAAAACCAGCCCGCCCUCAUGAACCAGUGGUUCUCAGAGCCUCAGGACUUCUGUUAUCCCAACUACCCUUCUCGCUUAACCGGUGACCAGGAUGCAUGGAACCCGUUGCAGGUCACCGGUGUUCCUAACCCCUCGUCUAUGUCCCACAUGAAAGUCUCGGCCGUCGGUGAUCCCGACUGCGGCUUCUCCAAACCCAGUGGGCACUAUAGGACACCCUCCGAGAGUGGGAGUCAGUAUAUGGGUAGUUUAUAUUCGGCGGACUCCGGUUAUGGAAGUACAAGCUGCGCAACGAAUUCGAUUGGGACAUCUUAUGGCAUGGACCCGCGGUCGAGUCCUCACAUCGGCACGAAGGAAUAUGGAUUCGGCGACUCUGUCACUAUGUUUGAUCAGCCUCAUCUCGGCGCUGGCUCCUUAUUCUCCGGAGACUUCGACUAUUCAGGCUCGUUGGAUGGCUCGGUCAAGUGUGACCACCCUUCCUGUACAUGGGUUGGGAAGUGCCCGUCGGACAAGAGGAAACACGACGCUCGGCAUAGAAAGCUCUUCAAGUGUGACGAGCCCAACUGCCCUCGCAAAGAGGGCUUCGGCACCAUCAACGACCUAGCCCGCCACAAGAAAUGUGUACACAACAAAGAGCCUGAGCGCGGCCCGAAGAUGAUGUACCUCUGCUUCGGGAAGAACUGCCCACGGCCUAACAAGAAGUGGCCUCGACUGGAUAACUUCAAGCAACACCUGAGCCGGAUGCAUCAUGAGGAAGACGGCGAGGCAUUGCUGAAGAAAUCCAUGGACUGGUACGAGACCGUCAUUGGCCGCCAGCCUGGCCAACAACAUGAUGACAGCCUUUCACAGGAUGGCUCCCUAGUUGUGACACAGCAGGAUCUGGGAUCCGCCACCGAGAUGGAGCUGGAUUCCACCGAGGUGUAUCACUCUCAAGAUAGCGUUGACCUUUUAUCAUCACGGGCCGUGACACCCAGGCCAUUCUCGAAUCCCUCGUAUCCGGAAACAAAUAUCCAAUCAACACAGUUCCCUGUUAUGGAGUCCUUGGGCUUCGACUCGUCUUUAUCCGGCGAGGGUAACAGUUCUUCGACAGAGCGCGGAAAUGCCAAGUCGGAGGCAUUUAUCUCGGAUGCAGCAGAUAACCUUAUCAAUGCGAUGACGAAGAUGAUGAACCACCGUGGACGAAGGCAAAGCCAACACAGCGAUGAGGGGAUCGAGAUUGAACCCGAGAACACUCAACUAUCCCAGCCUCAGCGCCAGAUGCUGCAAAGAGUUCUCUCAGCAGCCCUGGAGCGACUUUCUGAUGAUGCCGCUUCGACUGCGCCGGAAACCAGCGAUGACAAGCAGGACUGGUUCCAAUGUGACAUCUGCUCCAAACGCACUCGGCUGCGCUGCGAGAUGAAGAAGCAUCGUAAACGUCAUGAGCGACCUUACGGCUGCACAUUCCCCCACUGCGCCAAGUCCUUCGGCAGCAAAGCCGACUGGAAACGACACGAGAGCUCCCAGCACCUCCACGUUCCAAGCUGGCUCUGCACCACCCAUGAUGAAACCAAGGGCUCUUCAUGUGGACGUCUCUUCUACCGGGAGGAGACAUACACCCAACACCUCAACCAACAACAUCGCAUCCCCAAGACCCGAACCAAGUCCACCCUCAACGCCAGCCGCAUCGAUCUAGCCGACCAAUCGCAGUUCUGGUGCGGCUUCUGCAAUCGCUCCAUCGCACUCCACAGCCAUGGCCCUGCGGCUCUGGAUGAACGGUUUAAUCAUAUCGACAUCGAGCAUUUCAAGAAGGGAGAGAGGGGCCGUGAUUGGUGUUUACCUUCUGGAAAUGGACAGAGUGAUUUGGAUAAUAGUGUGGCUGGUACUUCACAUAUUUCCGAGGGCAAUAAGCGGAAGCGUAAGGCUUCUGACUAA